AUGGCAAUGAAAUUUACAAGUCCAUUUAUUGAGCAAACGUCAUCCAAUGCUCCCAAAAUUGCCCUCAUUAUUUUGAACUUGCCAAUUCCCAAACCUCCAAGUGUAUGUUUUCAAAAGUUGUGGAAUCUCAGCCUUGUUCGGAUAUGUGCUGAUGGGGGCGCCAAUAGACUUUACAGUGCUACAUACCCUUCUACAGACUACAUUCCCGACAAAAUUGUUGGUGACUUGGAUUCUUUGUUGCCAGAGGUCCAAGCCCACUUUGAAAAGCACAAGACAGAGGUGACACAUGACAAAUGCCAAGAUACAAACGACCUCGACAAGGCAUUGAAACGGUGUGAAGGAUAUGAUAAAGUCUUUAUUUAUGGUGCAUAUGGUGGGAGAUUCGAUCAAGAGAUGGCAUCCUUUUACACGCUCUACAAAUGGGCCACGACUUUCAAGAACCAAAUAUACUUGUACAGUGAGGAAAAUUGCUCUUUCCUGAUAGCACCCAACGUAAAAACUGAAAUCAAAAUGCCAUUUUAUGAUGAGACCGUCCCUUCAAACAGAUUUGGUGAGGGCCCAACCUGUGGACUAAUACCGCUGGGAAUGAGCUGCGAAUCGAUCACUACUACUGGCCUCAAGUGGAACUUGAAUGGCGACACACCGCUGAGCUUCUCCACCUUCAUAUCUUCGUCUAAUAGAAUGAUGGAACCAACCAUUACUGUCGAGGCAUCUCAACCAAUAGUUUUUACAGCAGAAAUCACAAAAUUGGAGCGUAAGGAUUAUUAG